AAUGCCUUUACGUGUUGGUGGUAAAGAAGCAAUUUUCUGCUUGGAUUUUGCUAGAGAGAAGUUUGACUACAUUCCCUUCGAAGCGACUAUUCCUGGGAUUCUCUAUCGUAAACGCGCUUCAGAUCGUGACGAAUUCGUGUUUGAGUCAGAAAAUGUUGAAAAAUUCGCUGCUGGUCUCUUAAGUGCUGGUUUAAAGACAGAUGAUCGGAUUCUUAUAUGUGGAAACAAUCACAGCCAACUAGUUAUUUCUGUUUUGGGUGCAGCUAGAGCUGGAAUUGUUUUUUCAAUCGCAAGCCCAAACUUUGCCAACGCUGAGCAACUUAAGCAUUUUCUCGGAACUGAAUCCGACAAGGCUAAUCAACUCCUUUUGAGUAUUUGUCCCGAAAUGCAGAAGGGAGAGAAGGGCAAAUUAAAAUUAAAGAGUUUUCCAAAGUUGACACACGUCAUUUUUGCUGAUGAGGACCAUAAACAUGGCGGCACGUAUACGCUCUCGGACAUUUUUGUUAAAGGCAAUAGCGAACAAAUAGCCAAAUUGCCCAAAUACGAGCAGUGGGAUUGCCAUAAAAUUUGUGCCAUUCAAUUCACCUCGGGUUCAACAGGAGCACCUAAAGCUGUUGCUUUGAGUCAUUAUCAACUAAUUAAUGGUAGCCGAAUUGCUUCUUCUACUAUUGGAAUUAAACGAGACACAAUACUUUGUUGCGCCUUACCAUUAUUUCGCAUUCCAGUGUUCUGUUUGGUCGUCUUCAGUCCUUUUCUUUUUGAAUCAAGAGUUGUCUUCCCUGAUCCAAGUCCUUUACCAAAACUUCUUUUUGACUCAAUUAAAAAGCAUUGCUGUACAAAUGUUUUAUCAAACGCUGCUGCUCUUCGCCUUUUGUUACGUACUCAAACAUUAACACAAAAGCAGAAGAACACUCCCACCUUGCCCAGCGUGGAUACUGUUAUUUUGUUAGGAGAACGUGUUUCUGCUGAUUUACUUAUUGCAAUUGAGGGAAUGUUGCCGAAUGCAAAGAAAAUUGCUGUUGGAAUGCUUUCUACUGAGCUUGGAUCAAUUCCAUUAUUAAGUGACAACACUACAAAUUUAGUCAAAUCUGUUGGGAAGGUCUUAAAAGGAUAUGAGGUUGAUGUCACAAAGAUUGAUAAUUUGGCAAAUAAUGGACAUCUAAUUGGCGAGUUACGCUUAAAACCGCUCUCUAAAACAACCUUUUUGGGGUAUGGGCCCGAUUUUGUUGCUGGACAGGAAUGGAUAAGUACAGGAGAUGUUGUUUCUAUACAACAAGACGGUAAUGUCGACAUUAUUACACAACAUCGAGAGGAUCUGAUUUUUGAUAAAAUUGGCCGUCUUGUCGAGCAUUGGCGUGUAGAACGGUUAGUGGCGCAAACAUCACAACAAAUUCGGGGAAUUCAAAUUGUUCAAAUAGCUCCUGGAGGUCCUCUAACUGCUGUUGUUAUUCCAAAAAAAGAAAAUGCCCUAAACGUUGCUGAAUUCAAAAAGGAAAUGAUUGAUAUAUGCCGUGAAAAUCGGUUGGACCCUCCUGAACAAGUUGUGGUACUCCCAGAAUUUCCUAGAGUAAAUACAAAAAUUCAAAAGUACAAAAUUCGUCAAGAUUUGAAGAAUAAUAAAUUGAAAAUUUGGUGA